UGGUUUAUUCACAUAUGACAAAACCCCAUCUAAAUAACCAGUGUUCGUCUCCAGCGCGUGUUUUCCUCCAAUGCGGGCGCAGUCAUGUUCCCGUCUCUCGGAGCGUUCAUCGUGACAGCAGCCAUCCGCCUACACGAACAUGUACGUUAGCGAAUUAGCUGCUGCCAGGCGUCAGGCUUCGUUCCCAAGUCUACCAAACUCACACUGGUGACCCACAUCAGCAGCAUCUCGCAACCAUGCAGGGGAUCUACUCCAAGCUGGACUCGUCCCCCUCGGCAUCCCCGCUGCUGGGGCUGGGACUCAGGGGUGACGGCGCCCCGGUGCCCCUCAGCCUGGCGGUGGAAACGGAGAAAGCUCAGGCUCUUUUACAGACAUUCAGCUCUGCGUCGCUGCUGGCGUCAGCAGGACUGGGGAUGUUCUGCGUGGUGGCGGACCAUGGGCUCCAGCUGCCUGUUAUCCAGCAACACCUUUGGCUGCGGGCCGUCCUCGACAACGCCACCCACGGACUGAUCGGACUGUGGUCGUGGGCGGUUGUUAUUGGACUCAGGAAAAAGAGUGAUUUGUACGAGGUUCUGCUGGCCGGUCUCCUGGCAUCGCUCAUCGACCUGGACCACUUUUACAUGGCUGGAUCGCUGUCAAUCAAGGCGGCCGUUUCUCUCCCUCAGCGUCCGCCUCUCCACUGCUCCUCCCUCAUCCCACUGCUCUGCCUCUCCCUCCGCUUCCUCAUGUGGAUCGGACGCCUCAAAGACGCCUGGUGCUCCCUGCCCUGGAUGCUGUUCAUCUCCAUGGCAACUCACCACGUUCGUGACGGCGUACGUCGCGGUUUAUGGGUGUGUCCUUUUGGGAACACGGCACCCCUCCCCUACUGGCUGUACGUGAGCACCACAGCCACGUUACCUCACCUUUGCUCCGUGCUCAUGUACCUGACCGGAACUAGAGACAUGAUCUCCACUAAACAUGGAGUCGCCAUCGAUGUCUAGAGGCCUGGAGCACCAGGAUAUAAGACAAAACAUGCGCAUUCAGGGUUGUGGGAAGUGCUGGAGCUGUCAUUGGGUGAGAGGCAGGAAUACACCCUGGACCAUUCACUCAGUCUUUGGAGGAAACGCACGCAAGCACAGGGAGAACAUGCAACCUCCAGAGCUGGAUUCCAACCCUGAAGCUUCUUGCUGACAGGCAGCAGUGCUCACCAUUGCGCCACUGUGUCACCCAUAAAACAUUAUAUUUCAAGAUGAAAAAACAAAAAAAAACGUCAAUUAAGUGGCAAAACUGUUAGUUCAAAGUAAUAACAUAGAUGAAGAGUCGUUUUAUCUUGAGACUGCCUUACAUUAUUGAGAAAAGCGUAGUGCCAAGUUUGUUUUCCACACACAUUCCUCGUCACGUACCUUCACCUCACCACCUGCAUUUCUCUUCAGAUCUCUUGUGGAAUUAAGUCCUUAAUCUUUCAGGAGAAUUAUUGUACCAGCCCGCAUUUUAGAUGCUUCUUUUUUCAUUAAAAGUAUGAACUUAAACUUUUAUCCUACUAACUGAAGCAAAGUUUUGUUUCCUAAGGGAAAGAAAACAUGACACUGUAUUCACGUACGGUAUUUCUUUGAAUUGACAACUAGUAUUUGUGACAAUUCUUCUUAACAAUAAUAAUAAUAGUGCAUAUUUAUCAAUCACAUGUUGGGCAGUUAUUAUUUGGGAUUUUUAUUUCAACGUGAUGUCUUACUCAUUCAGUCAUAGGGUUUGGACUUAACCUGUCUGACAUUUUUAACUUGUAACGUUGGACUGAUACACUGUUUUGUUUUUUUAAACAAUUGUUUUUUAAAUCAUUGUCUUAAUUGUCUGUCUUAAUUUAUAAUGUAUAGUAUAAAGUAUUUAUUUUCUUUGGUGACGUUGCCAUUUCCACAUCUGUCCACUUGAUGUCGACAGAAUUGAGUUUUCUUUUUUGUAUGAAUGUAUUUACUCUUACACUUAUAAAAGUUACAGUGAGGACGGUUGUAUAGCAGAAGGUUUUUCUUGUUUUGUUUUUCUCUGCUGCUGCUCACCUAAGUUUCUGAGUUUCAUUUUAUUCCUCGAUGGGUAAUGUUCUUGUUGUGGCUUAUUCCGUUUGCACUUUUGUUUAAGCAGACUGAUUGUAUAAUAAUAUUGAAGUCUAACUUUGGUUAGACACACUGAAUAGCUGUGUUCUUUUUAUUCAAAAUAAAAGCAACGUCCUAUC